AUGUUUUCGAAAGUAGUACCUUGGAAACGGAUUACAAGCCGAUGCUACAACAGUUCUGGUACUGCUGUUAUCCUUCGAAAUGCUUCGUCAUCGAGUGGUGGUGAACAACAAUUUGAUCUCGUUGUCAUUGGUUCUGGGCCUGGAGGAUAUGUAGCAGCUAUUAAAGCGGCCCAACUUGGACUCAAAACGGCGUGUGUUGAGAAAAGUGCAACAUACGGUGGAACAUGUCUUAACGUUGGUUGUAUACCUUCAAAAGCAAUGUUACAUAAUUCUCAUCUUUAUCACUUGGCUCAACAUGGUGAACUUAAAAAGCGAGGCAUCGAAGUUCAAAAUGUUACACUGAAUCUGCCUGUGUUCUUGAAACAAAAAGAUGAUGCCGUUAAAGGUCUUACUGCUGGUGUAGCAUAUUUAUUUAAAUCUAACAAAGUUACUGGUAUUCGCGGUUACGGUUCUGUCAGUGCUCCUGGCCAAGUCACUGUGAAAAAAGAAGACGGCUCAAAUGAAGUUCUUAAAGCUAAAAAUAUUCUAUUAGCUGUUGGUUCUGAGGUAACACCAUUUCCAGGCAUUGAUAUUGACGAGGAAACUAUAGUUUCAUCUACUGGCGCCCUGUCACUUAAACAAGUACCUAAAAAGAUGGUCUUAAUCGGGGCUGGUGUUAUUGGACUUGAAUUAGGUUCGGUAUGGAGUCGUUUAGGUGCAGAAGUAACAUGUGUAGAAUAUUUAUCUCAUAUUGGUGGUGUUGGUAUCGAUAUGGAAGUGAGUAAAGCAUUUCAAAAGAUCUUAGCCAAACAAGGUCUCAAGUUUAAACUUGACACAAAAGUAAUUGGAGCACAAAAAUCUGGUGGAAAUAUUAGUGUUAAUGUUGAAGGAGCUAAAGGUGGUAAUAAUGAAACGCUUGAUUGUGACACUGUACUUGUAUGCAUUGGUCGACGACCUUUCACAAAAGAUCUUGGACUUGAAGGUGUUGGUGUUAAAUUGGACCAACGUGGUCGAAUUGAAGUUGACAAAAAUUUUCAAACAUCAUGCAAAGGUGUUUAUGCUAUCGGAGAUUGUAUUCAAGGACCUAUGUUAGCACAUAAAGCUGAAGAUGAAGGAAUUAUCUGUGUAGAAGGUAUUGCUACCGGUCACGAACCACAUAUAGAUUAUAAUUGCGUACCAAGUGUUAUAUAUACAUUUCCUGAAGUAUCAUGGAUUGGAAAAUCAGAAGAACAAUUAAAACAAGAAGGAGUCAAAUUUAAAGUUGGCAAAUUUCCCAUGGCAGCUAACAGUCGUGCGAAAACCAUAAAUGAACCCGAAGGUUUUGUCAAAGUAUUAGCCGAUGCUAAAACUGAUCGAAUACUUGGAGUACAUAUCAUUAACUCGGUCGCUGGUGAAUUGAUUAAUGAAGCUGCAUUAGCUAUGGAAUAUGGAGCAUCAUCAGAAGAUGUAGCACGUGUUUGUCAUGCUCAUCCAACAUGGUCGGAGUCAUUCAAAGAAGCUAAUCUUCAUGCUUCUUUUGGUAAAGCAAUUAAUUUCAGUUAG